AAGCUCAUGUGUUCUGGGUGGGGGAGACGUGUCCUGGCCCCCUCCCCAGCGCACUCCUGGCUGCACUUGAUGUAUGGUUGUAUCCUCUAUAGAGAGCAACAGAUAUCUUAGGAUUUGUGUAUUUCAUAGACCUCAGUGGCUAAGUGUUUAUGUAAAAUGUUUGGAGGUGCAGCUGAUACUGUAAAGCGUUAUCUGUAUUCAAUUUAUAAAUUUUGUUACACUUAGAGAUCUGAGAUUUAAAAAAAAAACAAAACUGUGAAUGUUUUCAUUCAUUUUAUGAUGCAGCUGCAUUCAUCUUCAGGCUGCUUGUAGGUGCCUCUAGCAGCAGCGUUUUGUUCCUGAUGUCUCUGUCACCUGGCCCAACUGGUCAGCAUGGCAUCUCUCUCGUUUAAGUGCAUCACGUAGUGUUGAAAACACUUCUAAAUUAAAAAACAACAAACAACCGCUCAUCAGCAACUGGAUUGCUCUGUCUACACUCUGCCUUUGUAGUUAGCGUUUGGCUAGAGGCAGGAAUGUGCUCUGGUUGUUUCUGCAAGAGAGUCUUGAAUUCCUGCCAUGAGACUGUCCUCCCGCACAUUCACAGAAUCAGCACUGCAGUGUCAUCGCGUUGCACUAAGGGCGCCAAUGCCUCGGCAUUAGAGAAAGAGAUUGGUCCAGAACAGUUUCCGGUCAACGAGCACUAUUUUGGAUUAGUCAAUUUUGGCAAUACCUGCUACUGCAAUUCAGUUCUUCAGGCACUUUACUUCUGUCGUCCGUUUCGGGAAAAAGUUCUCGCGUACAAGAGUCAGCCCCGGAAGAAGGAGAGCCUUCUCACGUGCUUAGCAGACCUCUUCCACAGCAUCGCCACCCAGAAGAAGAAGGUUGGAGUCAUACCUCCUAAGAAGUUCAUAACGAGACUGCGGAAAGAAAAUGAGCUCUUUGACAACUACAUGCAGCAAGAUGCCCACGAAUUCCUGAAUUACCUACUAAAUACCAUUGCUGAUAUUUUACAAGAAGAGAGAAAGCAGGAGAAACAAAAUGGUCGUUUGCCUAAUGGUAACAUUGACAGUGAAAAUAACAGCACACCAGACCCAACAUGGGUUCAUGAGAUCUUUCAGGGAACACUGACUAAUGAAACCAGAUGUCUUACUUGUGAAACCAUAAGCAGCAAAGAUGAAGAUUUUUUAGACCUUUCUGUUGACGUGGAACAAAACACAUCAAUUACUCACUGCUUAAGGGGUUUUAGCAACACAGAAACUCUAUGCAGUGAAUACAAAUAUUACUGUGAAGAAUGUCGCAGCAAACAGGAAGCACACAAACGGAUGAAAGUGAAAAAGCUGCCCAUGAUUCUAGCUCUGCAUCUGAAAAGAUUUAAGUAUAUGGAUCAACUUCAUCGAUACACAAAACUUUCUUACCGGGUGGUUUUUCCUUUAGAACUUCGUCUGUUUAACACUUCAGGCGAUGCGACCAAUCCUGACAGAAUGUAUGACCUCGUGGCCGUCGUGGUUCACUGUGGAAGUGGUCCUAAUCGAGGCCAUUAUAUUGCAAUAGUUAAGAGUCAUGAUUUUUGGUUGUUGUUUGAUGACGACAUUGUAGAAAAAAUAGAUGCACAAGCUAUUGAAGAAUUCUACGGGUUAACAUCAGAUAUCUCGAAGAACUCUGAGUCUGGCUACAUCCUUUUCUAUCAGUCCCGGGACUGAGGGAACUGCGAUGAAAAGAGACUUUCUGCCUCAUUUCUUCUCUGGUUAUUUGGGAAAGGAUCAAGCACCGAUUUUUCCAAGAAAAGAGAACUGCAGGAAGCUCAGGGGGGGCAGCAGCACACUUUGCACACAAUAAAGCAAAGACCGUGGGUUAACACGCUCUUCCUA